GAGCGCCGCUCCUAUCAGGUACUCCAAAGGAGGCCAGGCUGUGCCAGAAAUCCGACCUAUCAAAUUGGAGUUUAUUUUAAGGCGGUGGGGUCGGCAAAAUAACUUGCAGAAAGCGCUCGCCUAUAAGGAGUGUCCCAGACAAACGAGGGCGGGCGCUCUUGCAGAACGGCGUGGCCUUUAUCCUAUAGGCACGCAAGGCGGACGGAGGCUUCCCCUCCCGCCGCGGCGGGACCAGUGGCUCCCCUAUCGGGUGGGGGCGGCGAGUGACGGGCGUGUCCCUCCCCCAAUGAGAGGCGGGGGGAGGCGGGUUCUGCGCCGCCAUGUCGCGGAGGCUGCUGCCCCGGGCGGAGAAGCGGCGUCGGCGGUUGGAGCAGAGGCAGCAGCCGGACGAGCAGCGGCGGCGGUCCGGAGCGAUGGUGAAGAUGGCGGCGGCGGGCGGCGGAGGCGGCGGUGGCCGCUACUACGGCGGCGGCAGUGAGGGCGGCCGGGCCCCUAAGCGGCUCAAGACUGACAACGCCGGCGACCAGCAUGGAGGCGGCGGCGGCGGUGGAGCCGGGGCGGCGGGCGGCGGCGGCGGGGAGAACUACGAUGAUCCACACAAAACCCCUGCCUCCCCAGUUGUCCACAUCAGGGGCCUGAUUGACGGCGUGGUGGAAGCUGACCUUGUGGAGGCCUUGCAGGAGUUUGGACCCAUUAGCUAUGUGGUGGUAAUGCCUAAAAAGAGACAAGCGUUGGUGGAAUUUGAAGAUGUGUUGGGGGCUUGCAACGCCGUGAACUACGCAGCAGACAACCAAAUUUACAUUGCGGGCCACCCAGCUUUUGUCAAUUACUCUACCAGCCAGAAGAUCUCCCGCCCUGGGGACUCAGAUGACUCUCGGAGCGUCAACAGUGUGCUUCUCUUUACCAUCUUGAACCCUAUCUAUUCUAUUACCACGGAUGUACUUUAUACUAUCUGUAACCCUUGUGGUCCUGUCCAGAGAAUCGUCAUUUUCCGGAAGAAUGGAGUCCAGGCCAUGGUGGAAUUUGACUCUGUGCAGAGUGCCCAGCGAGCCAAGGCCUCACUCAAUGGGGCUGAUAUCUAUUCAGGAUGUUGCACUCUGAAGAUCGAAUAUGCGAAGCCUACACGCUUGAAUGUGUUCAAGAAUGAUCAGGAUACUUGGGACUACACAAACCCAAAUCUCAGUGGACAAGGUGACCCUGGCAGCAACCCUAACAAACGCCAGAGGCAGCCCCCUCUCCUGGGAGAUCACCCCGCAGAAUAUGGAGGGCCCCACGGUGGGUACCACAGCCAUUACCAUGAUGAGGGCUACGCCCCCCCACCUCACUACGAAGGGAGAAGGAUGGGCCCACCAGUGGGGGGUCACCGCCGGGGCCCAAGUCGCUACGGCCCCCAGUAUGGGCCCCCACCCCCUCCCCCACCACCCGAGUAUGGCCCCCACGCCGACAGCCCUGUGCUCAUGGUCUAUGGCUUGGAUCAAUCUAAGAUGAACUGUGACCGGGUCUUCAAUGUCUUCUGCUUGUAUGGCAAUGUGGAGAAGGUGAAAUUCAUGAAAAGCAAGCCGGGGGCCGCCAUGGUGGAGAUGGCUGAUGGCUAUGCUGUGGACCGGGCCAUUACCCACCUCAACAACAACUUCAUGUUUGGGCAGAAGCUGAAUGUCUGUGUCUCCAAGCAACCAGCCAUCAUGCCUGGUCAGUCAUAUGGGCUGGAAGAUGGGUCCUGCAGUUAUAAAGACUUCAGUGAAUCGAGGAACAAUCGGUUCUCCACUCCGGAGCAGGCAGCCAAGAACCGCAUCCAGCACCCUAGCAACGUGCUGCACUUCUUCAAUGCCCCUCUGGAGGUGACCGAAGAGAAUUUCUUCGAGAUCUGUGAUGAGCUGGGAGUGAAGCGGCCGUCUUCUGUGAAAGUAUUCUCAGGCAAAAGUGAACGCAGCUCCUCUGGGCUGCUGGAGUGGGAGUCCAAAAGUGAUGCCCUGGAGACUUUGGGCUUCCUGAACCAUUACCAGAUGAAAAACCCAAAUGGGCCGUACCCUUACACCCUGAAGUUGUGUUUCUCCACCGCUCAGCACGCCUCCUAAUUAGGUGCCUAUGAAGAGUCCCAUCUGAGCAGGAAAACAUUUCUCUUUCCUUUAUGCUGUUUUUCUCUUUCCUUUUUUCUUCCUUUUUUUUUUUUUUUUUUUUUUUUGGCAAAUGUUCCUGUACUCUUUUUUUUUUUUUUUCUCCUUUCUUUUAAUUCUAGGUUAGUAGAGACUUAACCAUAAUGGAAACUCUGGAAGUCUAAAGGGGGAGGGGAAGGGGAACUGAUAUCUCCCAAGAUUAACCUUCACUUUUUAAAGAAUUACUGUACAUGUGAUUUUUUUUUUUUCUUCCUGUUCAUACAUUUGUGCUGCCCAUGUACUCUUGGCAUAUUUCAAUAAAAUUGUUUGGAAAAUAAACAGAGCACCUGCUGGGAUU